AUGUUGUCUACAGAAUGGAUGCAGCGGAAAAAUAUUGAAUACAAGCAAAAAUUAGAGGAACUUAAUGAGGUGUGUGCGCAGCUAAAAGAGCAACUCGCAACAAGGGAACUUAAUGAAUACGAACAAGAAGUGCGUAUUCGGGAUCUGAAGGCUCAGCUUAAGGAGCUUAGCGAUGUCGAAAACAACCUUUCUCUUGCGAACCGAAAUGCAAGAGUGCUCGAGGAAGAGAAUAAUGCCCUAUUAAUGAAGUUGAAAUUGGGGGACAAAAUGAAUGCUUCAGCGGUUCAUGGAGAGGCCGUAAAAUUAAUUGAGGAAAAUAGCCGAUUGAGAUCGGAAAUUGAAGAGCUUCGUGCCGUGAACAAUAAGGCUAUUCAGCGAGAAUAUCAGCUUGACCAGAAAUGCAAAAUCUUUGCGGAACAACAAGAAAAAGCAGAUGCUCAAAUACUUCUCUUAAAAAAGAAAAACAAUGACAUGGAGGAACGGCUUCGCGAAGAAAGACAUCAGUGGACAAUUGCAAAAGAAGUUUGGGAGACCGAAAGAGCACGAUAUGUUCAGGAUUACGAAGAGUUACUAGCGUCCAUUCAAAGGUUUGAUGGAGCAACACAGCAGCGGGAAAGCCGAGAUAAUAAAGAGCGGGGAAAUGAGCAACAACUUCAACAGACCCUACUUAAGGAGGAUAUUGCAGAACUUGAGGAAAAAAUGCGUCUUGCAGAGGAACGUUUUCGAAAAAAAGAAAGGGGAUGGUGGCAACUUGAAGCCGCGCUACGAAGUGAAAUUGAAUUGCUGAAGAAUAAUAAUGAACAGGGAGGUAAGGAAGUUUAUCGUGCAUUUCAGGACCAGUUGGCCUCUUUUAAACAAGAAGUCACGGCUUUUCGGGGAGAGCGGAGAGCAAGUCGUGCUCCUUUCAGCUUCCCUAUCGGGGAAACCCCGACAGAUGAUGCAGAUGUGCGUAUCAGUGAACUGGAAUCGGAAUUACAAAUGAAUACGAAUCGAAUUAAAGCACUUGAAGAGAUUAAUCGGACCCUGAGUCAAAAGAAUACACAUCUUUUAAAGGAAAAUGAGAAACUUCGAGAGGAAAUCGAUAACCUUCAGGACAAAUGUUCCCGGAUUGAAGAUAGGACGAGUGAACGUGAAGUGCGUAUUAAGGAGUUAGAAGUGCUUCUUGCAUCUGCUCAAAAGAACAAUAUUCUUUCCGGUGUUUCUAGUAUUGAAAAUGAAACAAAACGCGAUAAAUUUUCAGAUGUUGAAAGUGAGAAUAUUUUGCGUGAAAGUGAACGGUUACGUGCUUUUUUACCGCGCCAUGAAAUAAGGACUGCAGAUUUGAAGGGUUCCCAUGAGCAACAAAUUGCUCUUCAAGAAUCUUCUCAAAAUGGGCAGAUGGCACAAGUUGGAGAUCCUUUGCGGCAAAGUGACGUUUUUCGAUCACGUCCAUCCCCAUGGAAUUCAGGAAAAUUACCUGCUGCUGAUCGUUUACAGGAGUUGCAAGAUUUGAUGUUCAGAGAAAAUGAAAACAACUUGAGAAAGAAAAUUGGAAUGGAUUCAGUUGCGGUCGAUAGAUUUUCAAAGGAUAAAAUAGAUUGUAUUGACGAUGUUAUGCGUGCUCUUGAGGCUGCAUGGGCGAAUGAAGAAGAAUACAAAAAAGAAAUUAAAAAGUUAUGUCGUGAAAACGCUGAACUUGCCUGUGCAAUGGGAAGUGGUGAACAACGAGGAAAAGAUGAUGAAUUACGCAGGUACCUUCAACAUCUGGCUGAUCGAGAAGAAGAGCGUCAAAAAGAUAUUUAUCGAUACCAAGUCGAAAAAGAUCGUCUGACGGAUCAGGUUGGUGCUUUGCAAUAUGAUAACAGGCUAAAGGAUGAUAAAAUAAAUGAUCUUGAGGCUCGUUUGAAGGAACUGGAAAAUUGCUUGAAAAAUGAUGAAUAUCAUUCAAGAAGUAAAAACGAAGGCAAAAAGGAAGGUGAAAUGGAAAACAGAAUGAGGAGACUUGAAGAAGCUGUUGCAGAAAAGGAAGCUGACCUAAGGGGAGUUUCGAAAUCAAGGGAUAAGCAGUUGCAAGAAUUAAAUGAUCAGUUGACAAAAAUGCGAAAUGCAAAUGACGGAUUGUGGAAGCAACUUGUGAAUUUUCAAGAGAAAAACUCACCAAGUCGCGGACGACCAUCGAGUGGACGUGCCUCUCGAACACCUCGAGGAAGUGCAAGACGCCACUCCAUAGAACAUUUUUCUUAUUCUCAACCAUCCACCCAAUUAUCUGAAGAAAAAAGAAGAACUGUUGUAGCGGAUGGGGCACAUCUUGCCGUUACAAUUGUUGAACUAUCCGAUGUGAUGCGGAAUAGCAAACCUAUUACUGAACCUGGAUAUGUUAUUAUAAAGGUGAAAUCUGUCAAGGAGAAGUACAAGACUUCUGUCAAAGAGCUGGCAUCGGUUAUAAGAUUUAAUGAGACAUUUGUUUUUUAUCUUGCUCAGCCCGAUGAGGAUGUGAUAACGCUUCAUGUCUAUUACAAGGCGAAGAACAGCUCACGUGAAUAUCAUGUUGGUGACGCUUGCUUUGCAAUGGCUUCUUUAUAUCGAGGUGUUCCUCGAGAACGUCUUGCAAUAGUGGCCCAAAAUCCCGGGACAAAGGAUGCAAGAAGAUCAGCACAGAUAGAGGUUAUCAUGCAGAGUGAUGAUUUUGGUAAAAUGACGGUUCCUACGGAAGCAGAGAUUGAAGAUGAAAAACUCAGGUUUAGUGAACUUUUGAAAAGAAUGGAGAUAAGUUCUCCAGAAAACUUGCAUUGUGCGGAUGUUUUAAUGGCUGCAAACAACGUUUAG